ACAGGGAAUGUUAUUCAGACUGCAGCGAAAUCAAUUUUGCAGCAUUUGGCGCCAUGCAAGAAGAGAAUAACGCAGCAGGGCCGUUGCUUCAGAAGUUCAAAGGCGUUGUGCCUCAACAAAACGGAAACUGGGGUGCCCAGAUAUAUGCAAACCACCAGAGAAUCUGGUUGGGGACUUUCAAAUCGGAAAGAGAGGCUGCAAUGGCUUAUGACAGCGCCAGCAUAAAACUCAGAAACGGAGACAGCCACAGAAACUUUCCAUGGAACGAUCAAACGGUGCAAGAGCCUCAGUUUCAAAGCCAUUACAGCACAGAAACAAUGCUGAGCAUGAUUAGAGAUGGCACCUACCCUUCACGCUUUGCCACAUUUCUCAGCACUCGUCAACAAGGUGGUGUUCUCAAGCACGUAACUUUGAAGGAUGACGGCAAGGAGCAGCUUUGCUGCACCCAGCUUUUUCAGAAGGAGUUGACACCGAGUGAUGUGGGGAAGCUCAACAGGCUUGUCAUCCCGAAAAAGCAUGCAGUCACAUAUUUUCCUAACGUGUGUGACGGCGGCGCAGAAUCGCAUGAAGAAAAUGUGAGUGCUGACGUUGAGGUUGCGUUUUACGACAGGCUCAUGAGACAGUGGAAAUUUCGAUACUGUUAUUGGAAGAGCAGCCAAAGCUACGUGUUCACGAGAGGGUGGAAUCGGUUUGUGAAGGACAAAAAACUGAAGGCUAAGGAUACCAUUGCGUUUUUCAUGUGUGAACCUGUGGAUUGCAGAAAAGGAGGAGAGGGAGAAGCUUUUGGAUUGAUCGAUGUAAUCUAUAGUUCAGAUGAAGACACCAAAGAUGAACACACUGUAAAGGAUUUGAAUGCAGAAAAGGGUUUGAAACUCUUUGGAGUUUUGAUCAAAUAG